AUGACAGUGGUACAUGGCACAGUGGUGCAGGGCACCGUGGUCGGACAACCUGUGGUUUGGGAGGAUCGAUGGGGUUAUCCCGUUGGACAACCGGUAGGACCGGUUGUGACUGAUGACCAAGGCGCUCAAUCAGGUUGGUUUCUCUAUGCCAUUGGCUGGGCUCUUUGCUGUUGUUUUGGGCCUGUUGGGCCCAUCUUUUGGCUGGUCGUGGGCUGCCGCCAUUUCUGCAAGCCCGAGGAGGAAAGGAAACGACUUCCGCAAGAAGGUCAAGUGGCAUCAGUUUCACUUGUGACUGCUCUCCUCACCAUGGCUCUCAAUCUGGUCUUGAUGACGAUGCUCUUAGGUAUGAUGCCAUCCAGUGUCAGUAGAAGUGCGGACAGAUUUCGCUGA